CACAAAGAGCUAUAGCAGCAAAGCGGUAGUAAAAGCUGUUUACAAGAGAUGGAAACGAAGAAGAAGCUGUUUACAAGACGUGGUUUAUCACUCAUGUUUCUCAUAUUGUGGUUGAUGGUCAUUUCUCCAACGGUGGCCUGCCCGUUGGCGUCGACUGCCGGCAGCGGAUGCAAGGAGUGCAUAGUUGAUCAGAUGAAGCAUGGGUGUCCAUCAUGUGCUCCGAUCCUACGGUGCAUGGCACGGUGCUUGUGGGGUGGUGGCUCAAGGUCCAAAUGUGUUAAGAAAUGCGACUGCGAUGGUGCUAUGUUAAGACUUUCCGACUGCAAGAAAUGCAUGGCUCGAUGCAAAUGUAGCUGUGUGGCAUAUAGAUAUUGAUCACCAAUAACAUUCCUUUCCGCAUUUUUUUUUUGUCUAAAUAUUUCUGUGUUUAAUUACCAUGCAUGCGUGUUUUAUAUUUGCAAUGUAAUAGGCCAAUGAGUUUUAGUUGUUUUACCUCCUUCUUACUUGGCUUGGGGGUGAGAUGGUCAUUUACCUUCCUUCUAUCCUCAGAGUUUUCUCAUGGCCGUUGAGAUGUUCAUUUACAUUAGAAGAUUAAUGUUUAAUGGCGGUCGAUAGACUAUUGACUA